UGUAAGAUACAUGCCUUACAGAGGUCAUUUUACAGUGAUGCGUUUAAUAUUUCCCAAAUCUUAGUUCAUUGCUAAUAGUUUUCCUUAAUUCACGUAAGUACUCACUAAUAAGUACAUAGUGUAUCACUCGAAAUUAAGGGUAACUUAGAGUCUGCCUUACACCAUUUUAUCAUGCAUCCGUGUUUCAUGUGCCAAAGUUUAUGGGAUUGUUGUGAUAAUUCAGCAGUUGCAGUGUAAUCCCAUUACACUUGUGUUCCUCACAUAAAAGCACAUGAGUCUUUCUGUUGCCAUCUUGCAUCUACUACAUACAACUGCAGAUUCCUGCAGCAUGCUAUUGCCAGAGCGCAUGCACGUUCACCAAGGUAUUCAAGGCUUACCCAUAAUUGAUAUUAUCCUGUGGAAUAAAGUUUUACAAAUUAAUGGAAACUUGUUGUGAUGAAAAUUAUACAAUACGCCCUACUCUGAAGUUAACCACAAGGUGUCAAAUCAGAAGGAGCCAUGGAUCUGAUUCCUGGAUGGACACAGCUAACUAGCCGUCUAGCAGACCGUGGGGGCUCAGUGCACUAUCACGGUUUCCAGCCCAACCGGUUCCCAGUCCCCACGCAGACUGAAGCAGCAGAUUUGGACAGAUCCUUAACCUCUCUGUGUGUCUGUUCUGUUCAUCUUUUAAUUACAGCCACAGUAAUGCCGACCUCAUAGAUGUAUGGAGCAUGAAGAAGUUCUCACGUGAGUGCCUUCACAGGACUGACCUUCACAGGAGUGAUUUUACAUUAUAAGGGCUCUCGAAAAGUUCUACAUUCAGCCCUCGGAAAGCAACUAUGAAAAGAAAACUGUAAGUAGGUGUUUCCAAGUGGCAAGGAUUGGAAAGCAGAACAUAGUGGAUUUCAGCUGACAUGAUAUAUGUGGCCCACACCUCAUAUUCCCAUGCAGGAAAUUCUAGCCCCGAAGGCAACGGUCAGUGACUGGGACCAGAGAGAAUGGCCAAAUGGGAUCUGGCCAUCGGCCUGAUCUUCUUAACACAGACUACCGUUGGAAUCCUGGGCAAUUUCUCACUUCUUUGUCAUUAUAUCAUCCUUUCCUUCACUGAGUACAGGUGGAAGUCCACAGAUUUCAUUCAUAAGCACCUGAUUGUAGCCAACUUCUUAGCCCUACUCUGCAAAGGAGUCCCCCAGACCGUGGCAGCAUUUGGGCGGAAACAUUUCCUCAGUGACAUUGGAUGCAAACUUCUUUCCCUUCUUCACAGAGUGGGGAGGGGAGUGUCCAUUGGUAGCAUCUGCAUCUUGAGCGUCUACCAGGCCAUCACCAUCAGCCCUGGGAACUCCAGGUGGGCAGAGCUUAAAGUUAAAGCGCCCAAAUACCUUUCCCCCUCUAUUUUCCUGUGUUGGGUCCUGCAAAUGCUGGUGAAUAUCAUUUUCCCUAUAUACUUAAUGAGAACAUUGAGUGAUAAGAACAUCACAAACAGAAAGGAUUUUGGAUACUGUUCUUCGGUUCGUCAUGACAAAACUAGUGACUCACUGUAUGGACUGUUGUUAUCAUUCCCCGAUGUGUUAUGUCUGGGGCUCAUGCUCUGGGCCAGCAGCUCCAUGGUUUUCCUUCUGUACAGGCACAAGAAGCGAGUCCAACAUAUUCGAAGAACCAAUGCUUCUUCUGCAUCCUCCCCGGAGUCCAGAGCCACCAAAACCAUCCUUCUCCUGGUGAGCACCUUUGUCUAUUUUUACACCCUCUCCUCCAUUUUUCAAGUUGUUUUGACUGCUUUUGAUAAUCCCAGCUCGAUCCUCAUAAAUGUCACUGCAGUCAUGUCUGUGUGUUUCCCAUCUGUCAGUCCGUUUCUGCUCAUGAGCCACAACUCCAAGGUACCCAAGGUACCCAGGCUCUGGUUUGCCUGGAGCAGGAAUAUAAGAUCUCCUUGUCUUCAGAAAAACAUGUAGACUGUAUGUACUUCUACAACAUACAGUUGCCAAUUCACUCACCCCCCUCACAGUCCUAAAAAAUUUUUAUGAGUUUUUCUCUCUCUCACAAGAGCAGU